CACUUUAUGUAACAUUAAAUGACAGUAUCCUUUGAUAAAUUAACGCAACAGGGCUUGUAUUUGUUCAAUAUGUAUAGAAUAUUAUCAAAGGUUCACAAAGUGACUAAAUUUAAUUCUAACCCGUUCUUUUCAACAUCAUGCAUCCCACAGGAAGAAAAAAUUAAAGUUGGUAAAUAUAAUAUAAAUUAUAUAAAAGUGGGUACCGGACCUCACAAUGUAUUAUGUAUGCCUGGAAUAUUUGGUACGAUAUGGACAGACUUCAAAGCUCAAAUAGAGGGAUUCGACAGAAACAAAUUCACAGUAAUUACUUGGGACCCUCCCGGAUACGGCAAAAGUAGACCACCUGAGAAAGAAUUCACUUUGGAUUUUUUAGAGUGUGACGCUGACUACGCAUACAAUUUUAUGAAGGCACUGAAAAUUGAGAAGUACUCGGUACUGGGCUGGAGUGCUGGCGGCACCACGAGUGUUAUCCAUGCAGCUAAAUAUCCCGAUGCAAUGCGAAAACUAGUGAUUUGGGGAACCAGUUCGUUCAUACUACCACAUGAACUUAAAAAUUAUAAAAACAUGAAUAUUAUGAGCAAUUGGUCCAAAAGCUCAUAUCAGGCGAUGACAGCUAUUUACGGAGAAGAAAACUUUGCAAAAUACUUUUCAAAAUUUGUUGAUGCUGCAGUUGGAAUAUACAACAAGAAAAACGGCAACUUUUGCGUAGAGUGUUUGCCGGAUAUUAAAUGCCCAACUUUCAUUUUACACGGCAAACAAGACCAAUUACUCGACAAAUUUCAUGCGUCAUAUUUCAAUAAGUAUAUCGCAGAAUCGAGGUCUUACAUCUAUCCAGAGGGAAAACACAAUAUUCACAUUAAAUAUGCAGAAGACUUUAAUAAGCGAGUACAAGAAUUCCUUCUUGAAUAAAAUAAUUACUUAUUUGUUUAGUAAUUGGUGUUUAGAAUUCCUGUUUUAUGUGGAACGACCCUGUUCCAUAUUUUGUAGUACUUUUAUUUUGUCUAAUAAAAUCCAACUGUUAAUCCAUGUAAUUAAUA